AUGUCAGCAGACCCUAUUUAUGCAGAAAUGCCUUUUGAUCAGGGAGAUUGCUUUCAACUGAAUAAGAACCUAUUUAAGGAUGAAUACAAUAUUAUUGAUCCCAACCCAUUUCUGACUACUGAAUACGGAAUUUAUCAGUGGUGCUAUUGCAAAAAAACUGAUUCUCGAAAGUUAGUUAAAACUAUAAGAAAGUCCACAGAUCCAAAAUCGGAUGAGCCAGUUUUGAUCUUGAAUAACAUACACACCAUGCAAUACUUAGAUCAUCCAAAUAUUGCCAAGAUGAUGGAAUAUUUCAAUGAAACUGAGUACUACUACAUCAUUUAUGAGGACUACGUAGGUGGCAAUCUCUUAAGCAAGAUGAUAAACAAGGGAGGAAACCCAGAACAAAUGGCUGCCGUCAUUAUAGAGUAAGUGUUAAGUACCUUUGUAUAUUUACAUUCAAAAAAUAUCAUUUAUCGUUUUCUAAAUCAUAACGCCCUUUUUUGCGAUGAUUAGCUUACAAUUACGUUUUUGGAAUUCGGAGCAGCCAAAAGAAUUCAACAUCCCAUCCAAUUAGCAAUUGGAGAUCAACACUAUCAAUCUCCCGAGAUGAUAAACGGAUUUUAUAGUUUCAAAACUGAUAUAUGGUCAGCUGGAGUAUUGUUGCAUUUUCUGCUUUCUGGAGCAAUGCCUUUUGAUGGCAUUAUGACAUAAUCGAUUAAAAAUUCAAUCAUGAGAGGCAUUGUCAAAUUGGAGGAUACAUUUGAUUGGGAUAAAAUCCCUGAGGCCAGAGAAUUCGUACAAAAACUACUAAACUUUUCAUAAAAUCAAAGACCCUCUGCAUCUGAUGCUCUAAAGGAUAGAUGGAUUGUAAGGGCAAAAUAAAAAAAGUAAGCAGUGAAAAUGAAUCCUGCAUUGACCAAUCUUCGCAAAUUUUAGAAAUGUGAGGUCUUAGUGGAAGCCAUUAUAAUGUAAAUAGUAUAAAUGACUCUAACUUAAGACCAAAAGAGAGAGAUCUUCUAGAUAUUUUAAGAAUUUGACACUAAUAGAGAUGGUAAGAUUUCCACCUAAGAACUAAUUGAAGGAUAUAAAAAAUAUUAAACAAGUACUAAAUUGGAGGAUAAAGACAUUGAGAAACUGGUUUAGAAAAUAGAUUCAAAUGGGAAUGGUUAUCUAGAUUAUACAGAGUUCUUAUUAGCUUGUCAAGACAAGAAGAAAUUAUUGACAGUAGAGAAGUUGAAAAUGGUCUUCGCUUAAUUGGAUGUAGAUAAAGAUAAUGCAUUGUCAAUGAUUGAAAUGAGAAGAAUCUUUGGAGGUAAUAGAAUAAGUGAUAAGAAUUGGUCAAAUAUUCUACGCAAAAACAAUUUGUAGCAAAAAACAGUCUUAUCUGAAUAGGAGUUUUUGGAAUUCAUAAUCAAAACUAUCUAAAAUGGUCAUUCCUUCUAAUGA